GGUUCUGUGGUUUUGUGUUUCACUUAUGCUAAACGCUCUCAACGUCCUGUGAAUCCUCCAGUUUUGAUCAUGAGCUCCUACCUUUGGGUUUUCGUCCUGUCGCUGGCCACCUGUGCAGGCUCUGUAGCUGCACAAUCCACAGUCUUCAUGUCUGCUACAGUGGGUUCCUCAGCUGUUCUUCCAUGUGACUGGAGAAGUAAAGCCACCACAGAGUCAGCCAGCCAAUCUCUCCAUGUUUUGUGGGUUACUUUUGCUGUGACAGUGUUUGAGCGAAGGGGUGGGGAGCUGUAUCAGGGUGAGGGGUAUGAAGACUGUGUAGACGUUCCUGAAGAUCACCUGCUGAAGGGGGACUGUUCACUGGAGUUGAAGAACGUCAGACCUGAGGAUGAAGGAGUCUAUGAAAGCUUCCUUGUUGUGAGAGAAAUGAAGGGAGCUCUGAGUUCUAAAAGGGUUCUAGUCCAGAGUGUGGAGCUCUCAGUAGAAGAUGUUCCAGAGGAGAGUCACAGUGAAAGUGAAGCAGCAGGUAUGCAAGAAAACAAUGCUGGAACAGUCCAGACUCCCUCACGGAUCACAGCGUUUAUCCUCCUUACGAACAUGUUAUUUCUUAUCAUCUGAAGAAACACAAAGCAUGGACCCUCUCUGUGGAUCACCACCUUGUCGCGGUAGAGAGGCUUGUGCGAUCCUAAGGACCCAUGAGCUAAACUACACUAUAUUUCCAAAAGUAUUCACACGCAUAUGAACUUGAGUGACAUCCCAUUCUUAAUCCAUAGGGUUUAAUAUGAUGUCGGCCCACCCUUUGCAGCUACAACAGCUUCAACUCUUCUAGGAAGGCUUUCCACAAGGUUUAGGAGUGUGUUUAUGGGAAUGUUUGACCUUCUUCCAGGAGCACAUCUGUGAGGUCAGACACUGAUGUUGGAUGAGAAGGCCUGGCCUGCAGUCUCCGCUCUAAUUCACCAAACUUGCUCAUCCAUGUCUUUAUGGACCUUG